CACCGCACCGGACCGGAGUUCACCAUGUCUCCUCCAAGAAUUCUUCUCUGCGGCGACGUUUCCGGCCGUCUCAACCAGCUUUACAAGCGCGUCGUCUCGGUCAACAAAUCGGCCGGCCCGUUCGAUGCGCUUCUUUGUGUAGGCCAGUUUUUUCCAGACUCAACCGACCAACUCAACGAGUUCAUGGACUAUGUCGAAGGUCGAUCAGCAAUCCCUCUUUCCACCUACUUCAUUGGUGACUAUGGCGUCGGUGCCGCUAAGGUUCUACUGGCCUCUUCCAAGGGCUCGGCCAACCAAGGGUUUAAAAUGGAUGGCUUGAAAAUUUGUGAGAAUUUGCAUUGGUUGAAAGGCAGUGGGAAGUUCACGCUACAUGGUUUAUCCGUGGCAUACUUAUCUGGUAGACGUUCUUCAGAUGGUCUUCAGUUUGGAACAUAUACUCAAGACGAUGUUGAUGCCUUACGAGCAAUAGCUGAGGAACCUGGCAUUAUUGACUUGUUCCUCACAAAUGAAUGGCCAACUGGGGUUACAGAUAGAGCAACAACACCUGAUCUUCCCCCUGGAGUCUCAGAUUCUUUGGGAAGUGAUUCUACCAUCUCUGAGUUAGUUGUGGAGAUAAAACCUCGCUAUCACAUUUCAGGUACAAAAGGUGUGUUUUAUGCUCGAGAACCAUACUCUAAUGUUGAUGCCGUGCAUGUGACUCGAUUUUUGGGUCUUGCUCCUGUAGGAAAUAAGGAGAAACAGAAAUUUAUUCAUGCACUGUCUCCCAUCCCAUCAUCUACCAUGUCUGCUACUGAAAUUAGCAUGAAGCCCCCGAAUACUACCUUGUCUCCAUACAUACUUACUGAACGGAAAACUGAUGCCUCAGACUCCACGAAGAGGCCCAGCAGUAGUGUUUCUGAAUCGCAAUAUUGGAGAUACGAUGUGUCUCAGAAACGACAAAAAUCUGGAACUGCAGAUGGUAACAAGCUUUGUUUUAAGUUUACAUCUUCUGGAUCUUGUCCACGCGGAGAAAAAUGCAACUUUCAUCAUGACAUGUAUGCAAGGGAGCAAAGUCAGAGAGGUGUUUGUUUUGAUUUUCUUAACAAAGGCAAAUGUGAAAGGGGUGCAGAUUGCAACUUUAAGCACAGCUUUCAGAAUGAAGUUGAAAGCCACUCUGGGAAGAGGAAACUUGGAAAUGCUGGAACCAAGAGGUCUAAAGAAUGCUGGUUUUGUCUGUCAAGUCCCAACAUAGAGUCACAUCUUAUAGUCAGCAUAGGUGAGAGUUUCUAUUGUGCACUGGCUAAAGGACCUCUUGUUUCAGACCACAUCUUGAUAGUACCUGUAGAGCAUUUUCCAAAUACCCUUUCUCUAGCCCCAGAGUUUGAAGCUGAACUCAAUAGAGUUCAAAAUCGUCUCCGGAAGUACUUUAAGAACCAAGGGAAGGAAGUUGUUUUCUUUGAGUGGGUUUCAAAGCGUAGCACUCACGCUAAUCUUCAGGCUGUUCCUAUUCCAUCAUCUAGAACUCAUGUCGUUCAAAACAUAUUUGAUAUGGCUGCUCAAAAGCUGGGAUUUAAGUUCGUGGUCUCUAAAUCAGCAGAUGCUCCUGGUGAAGGAAGAAAAUCGCUGAGGACACAGUUUGAUAGUAAUCACAGUUUCUUCUAUGCUGAACUUCCUGAAUGUACAACUCUAUCGCAUGUAAUUGAGGAGAAUGAAAUAUUUCCUGCCCAAUUUGGACGUGAGGUUCUAGCAGGCUUACUUAACAUGGCUGAUAAGGCUGAUUGGAGGAAUUGCACCCAUUCUAAAGAAGAAGAAAUAAAGAUGGCUGAAGAAUUUAAGACACGAUUUGAAAAAUUUGAUCCAAAUAAGUGAUAUUUUAGUUGUAGUUGAGAAUAGUCUGCCGUUGCACUCAUGAUUUCUGGUGAGUCAAAAUGAACCUGCUUACGCCCAAUAUACCAUCCAGGGACAUCGUACAGAAGGCAUACUUUGAGUAAACUACUUGGAUAUUUGAAGUUUUUUUCCUCCUUUGAGUAAACUGCCCAGAUGAAGAUGAAUUACGAAGAUGAAGACAAUACGUUGAUGUCCUUUUCCUGAUACCAAAGGUUCUGGCACGCCACUUAUUUCUGGAAACAUUGGAGUAAAAAGGGGUGUCUGUUACUGUUACAUACAUCCCAGCAUGUAUUUGCCAGUCCAGCUAUUAUAGCCACGUGCUGAUUGGUACGAAUACCUGUUCUAUAUGCCUCUUACUUCUUUAGGAUAUUCUUUUUCUUUUGAAAUUCCAUGUUGCUGUAGGAACUGAUUUCAGCUAAUUAGUUUCCUUCAGCAAUAGCUCAGGAGGUUAUUAAUUGUAUUAGAUUAUUGAUGAAAAGGGAUCUUGUUCUUUAACUAACUUAUCAUUUAUGCUAUAAUUCUUUUAAA